AGUUUGGGGAUUAAUUAAGCCUUUAUACAGACAGAAGAAGAAGCGUGAAACAGCCGUGUAUCUGGGCCGUGUAUGGACCAUUAUUAGUAUAUAUCUCUAUGCCUAUACCCUACCACAAAUGGUAAAAUGAAAAUGCAGGGGUCAAUUACGCGCAAAGCUAGCUAGCUCGCUCAAGGUCGGCCAAUUAAUCGGGGGCGCUAGAUACCGUAUGGCAAGGCCCUAUAUGGCCCAUUAUGGUGGUAACACUAUGGAGGUUUGUGUGAAAGUUGCAGGGAAAAUUGGCACUUCCUUUCAUGAGCCGGAAAUGUGGAAUGGAGUUCUGAAAAAUUAAGACUGGUCCACUAAUACAUGAUGUGACAAACAUCGACUUGAGAAAUGAAAGGCAGUCACCUCUCCAUACACUCCUGAGUUCUCUCCACUCAACAAGAUGCCACGCCCAAGACUACUUCACAAACUUCUCUAUGCUGGCGUAGUCGUUUUGUGCAUCGUGAGUUGCUGGAAUGCACGUUUGCUUUAUACUGUAAAAGAUGACAAGGAGCCCACCAAACAUGCCCAGUUCAUCAAACAGGUCAUAAAUCAACGGGACACUUUGUUCGACACUAUCGGUAUACUUAAACAAAAGUGCUCUGGUGAUCAUGGAAGAAGGCGUGGAUCAGGGAGGAAUUCCUCAGAUGGAUCUGUUUGGAUAUGGACCAAACCAAGUGAAGUAGACCUCAGAAAAUCCCUUGUCUUAGGAUAUAGAAAAGAUGAGACAGGUUUUCUGACGAUAGGCAUACCCACGGUUCAAAGAGAGAGUGAACACUACCUUACGCAAACUCUAGAUUCCCUCAUCGAGAACUCGACCCCAGAGGAACAGGCAGAGGUCACACUGCUGGUAUUCCUGGCAGAUUUUGAAGAGGAGAAGCGCAACGUCUUGAAGAACCUUCUGAUGGACAGGUACCUGAACUAUCUUGAAAGUGGAUAUAUACAAGUCAUCCAAGCCCCUCAAGGAUUCUACCCACCCCUCGACAACUUGAAAUUGUUAUAUGGCGACUCUAAAGAAAGGGUCUACUGGCGCUCAAAGCAGUGUGUGGAUUUUGCCUUCAUGUUCUUCUAUGCCGAUAGUCUUUCAGAAUACUAUAUCCAAAUUGAAGAUGAUGUUGUUACAACUGCAGGGUAUAUAAGUGCAAUUCAAGAAUAUGUUCAGUUGAAGAGUAGUACUGAUUGGAUUACGCUGGAGUUUUCAGUCCUAGGUUUCAUCGGGAAGCUCUUCCAUGCUUAUGACCUGGACAGGCUGGCACAGUUCAUCAUGUUUUUUUACCAGGAGCAGCCCGUUGACCUCCUCUACCGGUAUUUCACUUCAAUAAACGGCCAGAAGGAGAUGCACCAACGGCUGCCAUCGAUUUUCCAGCACAAGGGGAAGCAAUCAUCGCUCAAGGAUAAGGAAAGCCACUUGGAAGACAACUUCUUUGACCUUUAUAAGCGCCAGUAUAUAGAUAGCGACAAUCCUCCAGCCAAAGUGUACAGUGAUAUGAAGCAGUUCAGUAUGUACCUUGGGCCACAGUUGAGUUACAGUAUAGAGCCUGGGUACUUCUGGGCGGUGAGUCCUCAAGAAGGCCAGUCAGUAGUUGUUGUCUUCAAUGAUCCUACGGUGCUAUCCCGCAUCGCCGUUGCAACUGGAUCGGACAAACAUCCCGCAGACAUAUUAGAAGUGGCUGCACUCGAGUUGAGCUCUGCCCUACUCCAAAGUGGAAAUGAAGGGACUUUGCCAGAGUGUAGCAGCUAUGUUGAGAUAGGGCAAUUCGUGAAAGGUAGUAUCGAUGUCAAUGUGCAAGAUAAAUUUACUGAAACUGUGGCAUGUCUCCGUAUUCAUGUUCUUGUUUCUCAGGUUCAGUGGGGAGUUAUAAGAGAGAUUGCUGUUUGGACACAUCACUGAUUGUAUAACUCAUUGCAUAGUUCCUUUACUGUUAAUAUUCUCUUGAAUAUUUGUGAGAAUGUUUUACAGGAACAUGUCCAUGAAGAGCAUUUUCUCAUGAAUGGCAUUUUCCUUGUCUCCCUUGGGCAUUUUUCCACACACAGGUUUGACUGUUUGAAGUACAGGAGACCUACUACAUCUGGGGGUCAUUUCAUAAAGAGUUUAAUACAACUUCAUAUAAUAUGUAUAGUAAGUUUGCCAACCAACAUCAACUUCCAUGAAAUCAGUGGCCCGAAUUCACAAAGCAGGUUUCGAAAACCAUGGUCUAUGUAGAUUUCCUGUAUAAAUUAUGCUUAAUUUGCCGCAUAUACUGAAAAGUGUCCAAUACUGAUGUGCGCCUAAUUGACGCCUGUUACCAUGGUUAAGUACGCUAUUGUAUUCAUGAGUCCACUGUUUAAAGAGUGGACUUAUUAAUUCAAAACUGUGGACUAAUGAAUAAAAUAGCGUAUUUAACCAUGGCAACAGGCGUCAGUUUGGCACACUGUGACAAAAGCGUGCAUCAGCAUCUGACAUUUUUUAACAUGCGUGGAAAAUGUGUAACUUAUAUACAGGAAUUCUGCAUAAACCGUGGGUUCAACCGAUGAUUGUAAAAACCUCCUUUGUGAAUUCUGGCGUUUGAGUUUGAUUGGCUUUUGUUCACUGUUUACAUGAAAGUUACCUCUAUGCCACAUGUCCUGUAGGGACAGUCAUUUUCCGCAGAAAAUUGCCUUUUCCGUUCUGAAAACCUGUAAUUCCAUGUCAAGCUUGAUGUAAAAUGGUAAUUCCAUUAUUUCAUAGAAAAUACAACUCAGCAAAAGCAUAAAUCCUGUUUUGCAUAGGUGAAUUCAUUGAAUUUUCACAUGAAAAGUAAAGAACCAUAAUUAUGGAUUUUUUAUUUUCAUUUCCUUGUAAAUUUCUAGACCCAGGCAUGAUGAAAAUGAAAAUAAUGUCUCUUUAGUUUUCUUUUCCUAAAUCCCCAUAAAACCAGUUUGCUGCAUGCAUGAUUUAUAUUUCAUAUUGCUUUGUCUGCAGUAAUAUGUCAUCACACAGAAGUAUGUUAACCCAUAUUUGGUGUCUUAUACAUGCUUGCUGAUUUUUUUAGGCAAAAAAAUGUGUGAUAUGGAUUAUAUGAAUUGAAGAACCUAUGUUUGAACUGAAGCAAAAUUCUCUUAAAUUGAAUCAAUAUGAAUUGUGAUCUGCAUAUAGUAUUUUUAGGGGUCUUGUACAUGGUAAUCAAGUCAAUUUGAAGUUCUCUGUGUAAUAUACUGCAAUAGAUAUACCUCUUGUGUUAAGCAUAUCUAUUUAAAAUGAAGCUUUUAAGUGCAAUUGUGAAUUUUUACACCAAGAUGACAAUGUAGAAAAUUAACUAUAUUAUAUAUUUAAUGACAUCACUUUUUUUAAAGCAUAGUCUUAGAACUCUCCAUAUUUUUUGUACAUUUUAGACAAUCAUUGUGUAAUCUAGACAA